GGAGAGCAUCAUGACAGGAUUUGUUUAAUUGAUUUUUCUGGGAUUGUGCGUGUGUGAGUGUGCGUGUGCUGGUACCUGGGGGUCAUUUGCCUGUCGGAUAAUGUCCGGGGAACCUCCAGAACAAGGAUCGGCUUGGAACUUCAACGAGAGCACCAACGCCACCACCAACCGCUCCUGCCACUCUCACCUCCACGCGAGCGAACUCGGGUCCGAGUCGGGCUCGGAUGGCGCUGCGGCGGUGCGCAUCAUCAUCUCGGUGGUUUACUCUCUGGUUUGCGCGCUGGGGCUGGUGGGGAACGUUCUGGUGCUCUACCUGAUGAAGAGCAAGCACGCGUGGAGGAAGUCCCCCAUCAACUUGUUUGUCACCAGCCUGGCGCUCACCGACUUCCAGUUCGUGCUCACGCUGCCCUUUUGGGCGGUGGAGAACGCCUUGGACUUCACGUGGCUCUUCGGGCGCGUCAUGUGCAAGACGGUGUCCUACGUGACGGCCAUGAACAUGUACGCCAGCGUCUUCUUCCUCACUGCCAUGAGCGUGGCGCGUUAUAGUUCCGUAGCGUCGGCGCUCCAUGGCCGGCGCGGUGGACGGCAUCGACGGCGCUUCUUGUUCCCACUACGGCGCUGCGGCGCGGCGCGCUGCGUGGCCGCUUCCAUCUGGCUGGCAGCCGCCUGCGCUGCGCUCCCGCACGCCGUUUUCUCCACCACGGUGCGCGUGUCUCACGAGGAGGACUUGUGUUUGGUGAAAUUCCCGGAGAGCGAGCGCACCAGCGCGCAAGUCUGGUUGGGACUCUACCACUCGCAGAAGGUCCUCCUCGGCUUCGUGGCUCCUCUCAUCAUCAUCUGCGCAUGCUACCUGCUCCUUUUACGCUUCGUGGCGGCCAACAACGACAUCAACACGUCGAGUGCAAAUAGACGCGCUAAAGUGACCAAGUCGGUCACCAUCGUGGUGCUCUCCUUCUUCUUGUGCUGGCUACCCAACCAAGCGCUCACAGCUUGGGGGAUCCUCAUCAAGCUUAACGUGGUGCACUUCACCUACGGGUAUUACACCACGCAAGUGUACGUGUUCCCCGUGUCCGUGUGCUUGGCGCACUCCAACAGUUGCCUCAACCCGGUGCUCUACUGCCUGAUGCGCCGCGAGUUCCGCAAGGCGCUUAAGAAACUCUUCCGUCGGAUCACAUCACCUGCUCUCACCACCAUCAGGCCCAUCACCGGCACCACCAAGCCUGGGGGGGGAGAGCAGGGGCGCGGCGAGCCUGUCGGGGCACCCCGGGAAAGUCCGCAGGAGCCCGCUGCAGUGAUCUUCUAUCCUCCAGGAGCGGCUAUGUAGAAAGAGACACGACAGAUAAGACAUUAGUAAGGUGGCAAGAAUAGUUGAGUACAAAAAAAAAACCACGACUUGCAUUUUUUGGGGUCCACAAGUUAAACCUGUAUUAUACUUUCAUCAAUUAAUUAUUUUGCUUGCGCAACCUACAUUUCACGUCCACCCUAUUUUUUUUUUUGCAGUAACAGCAUUUUGUGACUGCAGCGCAGUUGCAAAUGAGAUAUUUGCACUUAUGUUUUGUUAUUAUCAUCACGUGAUGUUGUUGGAAUUACCAUAUUAAGCUAAGUUGAAAAAUUCCACCCUGUCAGCAAAUUCACGUUUUGUUGUUGGUGUGUACUAUAUUGCCUGCUUGCAUUUUAAGUGUGGGUACAUUGCACUGUACAAAAACAUAAAGCUAAUAAGAGAAUAUAAAGUGGUAAAUUGGUUUAUGUAAUGUAAUUACUGCCUUCAAAGGGUUUGAUCUAUUAGGAGCCAAAGUUGGGUUGCUUGGUUAGUCCAUGAGUGAGGAUUUUAUGUGAGCUGUGGCCUACAGCAGCUCCUUGUGAAUGUUGUCAUUAUGUAUUUGAGUGUUUGUUUCAUUCAAUAAA